UAUGUCGUUUGUAUAAAAGCUGCACUUUUACUAAAGAUCAAAUCAGAAUUAAUUCAAGUAGUUCACUGAACAGUAGGUACAUUCCCCAAACAAAAAUAUUCAACAUGAAGUUCGCCAUUGCUGCCGUAGUCGUGUUGGCUCUUGCCAUGGGUGUCCAAUCUUCCAUCAUUGGUGGAAUUCCCGGACUGGGUCUUGGUGUUCACAGUUUGGGACUAGGACAUGGCGUUCACGGACAAUUGUUGGCACAAGGACCAGCUGUCGUAGGACUGGGUGGAUUAGGUGGCCUUUCAUCUGCUGUUAAUAUUGCAGGACAUGGCAUCCCAGCUGCUGUUAAUAUUGCUGGAAGUCCACUUUUAGCAAGUCAUGGUAUUCCUGCUGCGGUCAACAUUGCUGGUGGUCCUCUCCUAGCUGGCCAUGGUAUUUCAGCAGCUGUUGCUGUCGCUCCACAUGUUGCUUUUGCUGCUCCAGUACAUGGUGUACAUGGUGCCUCAUAUGUUGCUCAAACUCGUGGUGCCGUUCACUCUGCCCCAUUGCCAGGACACAUCCAAUCGGCUGCUUCUGUGAACGUUGCCCCAGCUCCAGGAACCUUGUAAAGUGACUGCUAUAUAAAAUUCUAUAUACCCUCACAAAAUGCCAUGCAAUUUGUUCAGAAUUUCACUCAGGAAUAGUAAAUAAUAAAAAACUUUUACAAAACA